GUGUUCCGUCAUCAUUCAUUUCCAAACCAGAAAGUGUGUCAAGAGUGCCAUUUGCAGUGGUGAUAAAUUUGGAAAUUUUACCGCAAUUUCAAGCUUAAUUAUUGCCGUAACUUACUUCACAGUGAAGUUUAGCAGAGCGCUAGCGCUACGCCACGGUAUUCGCGAGUGUUAUGAAUUUUGGCGCCACAGCUGUCGUAAGUGCUAGCACCGUCGUUUUGUCCGGGAGCAUGAAUCCGCAUCCGGACAAGUCCGGGGGGUUCGGAACAGGAAGCAACAACAAUCCGUACGGGAUGGCCCAGGCCCAGUACGCGCAGUAUUGCAACGCCUACUACCAGCAGUUGCAGUUUGGCACGGGCGGAAACAUUCCGACGAACGUUCCGCCGCCGCCACUUCCGGCGAGCGGUGCGGGACCGUCGGUUCCGACGCCGCCCGGCUUUACCACCGCUUCCAUGUCGGCCGUCGUCGAGGAUCAUCCGUUCGGGUCCUCGCAGCAAUCGCCGUCGUCAGGUAGUUUAUCGAACAAGUCAUCAUUUUUUAGCUCUCCUCAGCAGCAGUUGGAAGGGAACAUGCCGCCGGGUUUCAAACAGGCCCCGAGCCAGUUUGGCCCGAUUCGGUUCAAUAUCAGUAAGCAACCGCAGCGCGUGAGUCCGUUGGUGCCGUCCCCGUUGGGGCAUGGCCAGAUGGACAUUCCGCAGGCGCCGCAGCAGCAGCAGCAACAACAACAACAGCAGCAUCAGUUUAAUCAGAACAACAAUAAGCGCAAGAAGAAGAAGAACAAGAAUAACAUGAACAAUAGCAUGGGAAAUCAGAAUAAGCAGCAGCAGCAGCAGUUCAAUUCGGGGAACAUUCCGCCGUUGAUGAACAUGGGUCAGGCGUACCAGCCGAUGGUGCAGGUUCCGGAUUUGAGUCGGCCGCCGCCGCCGAUUAUGGGACAGGCUCCGGCGACUCCUGCGUCUUCGAUCGGAGGAACCAUCAGCUCGGUUGUGCCUCCACCGCCGGCCAAUACGGUGACUGCGAACGCCGGCAAGAAGCCCGAUCCGUUCAACAACCCAACGGACGCCUGGCCGGAGAGUUUGAACAACUUUGUCGCUCGUUGUUACGCCAAAUGCCAGACGGAUUUCGACAAAGAUCAGAUCGAUAUCUGUCUCAAGGGGCGCAUCACGGCCGCCGCGAACAAGGGUGAACUGUGGACCAAGGAUUGGGACAACGAGCCGGUGCCGAGUGUGCACAGCGAGAGGAAUUCAUUGGUGGUGCCGAAUGUGGUCAACAGCAAGCCACCGGCAAAAGCGAUGGUCGGAAGUAUCGCUCAGUACCAAAACUCGCCACGUAGCGUCAGCCCGAGUCCGGCUUUUGGAAGGAACAGUCAGAAUCAGAACAAUUUCAUGCGUAAGGGAAACAACGCCAACGGAAUGUCGCACCGGUUGGGGGUUAAGUCAGGUUCGAAGAAGUCUCGCUCUUCCCGCUCGCGGUCCCGGUCUCCGUCCAGUCGGUACAGUCGCAGCAGCCGUCGCUCUUCCAGCUCGGAGUCGCGGUCGCCGCGUCGCAAGCGCCGGUCUUCGGAUAGCAGCGACGACAGCCGCCACUCGUCGGUCAAGUCUUCGUCGUACAAGGUCAAGAAUCAGAAGCCCGGUUCCAAGAAUCACAAAAAUGCCAACACCAGCCAAAACAAGAACAACCAGCAGGGUCAAAAGCGUUCGUCCGGGUUCUACUCGGAACACGGUCAGAUCGGUGGUUCUGUCGACGGUGAUCAAGAAGCGCUCAAGAAGCGCGCCGCCCGGUUCAACAACUCCAACGCCAAGAAGGUCUCGCCUCCCACCACUGCCUCGCCCGUCAAGAAGCGUCUCCAGAUGCCCACCGCGUCGCGACUCUUCGUUGACGAUGCGGACGAGGGCGGCCUGGACAUGCUGUUCGAUCUGCACAUUGUGGGCACGUGCCGCGACUUGGAGAAGAGCUUCCUGCGUCUCACGAAGGCGCCCGCCGCGUCCGAGGUGCGCCCCGUCGAGGUGCUCCGUUACUCGCUGCAGAACGUCAAGAACAAGUGGGUCGAAAAGCAGGACUAUUACUACGCCUGCGACCAGCUCAAAUCGAUCCGGCAGGACUUGACGGUUCAGGGCAUCCGGGACGAGUUCACGGUGCUGGUCUACGAGACGCACGCCCGCAUCGCGAUGGAAAAGGGCGACCACGAGGAGUUCAACCAGUGCCAGACCCAGCUCAAGAUGCUGUACUCCGAGGUGGGGGGCGAGAACAUUCUGGAGUUUACCGCGUACCGGAUUCUGUACUACAUCUUCACAAAGAAUACGUCUGAUCUGACCACCAUCAUGAAAUCGCUUUCGCCGGCAGAGCGCGAGCACGACGUGAUCAUUUUCGCGCUCAAGCUGCGCUCUGCCUGGGCGCUGGCCAAUUACAGUAAGUUGUUCGCGCUGUACCGGGAGGCCCCGUUGAUGGCCGGCUAUCUUAUCGAUUGGUUUAUCGAGCGCGAGCGUAAGCUCGCCCUGAAGAACAUAAUCAAAGCUUACCGUCCCAAUUGCCCGGUGGACUAUGUCAGUCAAGUGUUGGCGUUUGAGACCGCGGACAAAUGUGCCGAAUGGUUAGCGACGUUCGAAAUUCCCCUGGUAACGAAGCAGGAAUCGGUGACGGCGACGACGACGACGGAAGGGGACGAUGCUGGCGUUGCUGCUGCUGCUGCUGCUACUGCUCAAACUGUGUUGAGGACCUACGUCGACUGCAAGACCAGCAUGAAUGUGUUGGCCAAUUUCUAGGCCGGCCGGCCGGAGCUCCUCUCUCAAGCUGGAGUUGGCCGCGCCCGCUGCAUUCCUCUCUUCUUCAGUCGCCGACUGUUUCGCUCGCUCUCUCCCUCGUCUCGGUGUGUCCUCUCGUGGCUAGUCACAGUUGUCCGAAUUGGGAGUCCGUUUUAGAACUCCGCACCACCCGUUUUAAACUUACUGCACGGAGAUUGGCCGGAGCUGGAACACCGACGGAAUGGAAGGCUGCUGAAGACGGAAAGAAAAACAAAAACGCUUGCUCGAAGGAACGGAACGGAAUUGAACAGUGUUGUAACCGCUGAAGGAGAACGUCAGUUAGUGCCGUGUACGUCGUGUUUGGAUGCUCAACAGGUAGCCUCGGCUGGACCUCGCGGGGAUCACGCACGGAAGAAACGCUGGAUUACGCUCAAGGAUCACGCCAUUAGGAUCAGAAGCAUGCCGGGAGGCACGGCGCCGGGCACGCCACAAAGCUCUGGCAAGCCCUGAUGAACGCUCAUGACGGCCACAUCCGUGGAAUCUACAGAAGGUACGGAUAAUUCCCGAAGUCCGGUCCAAGAACCGCGGACUCGAGCAGGACAAUAGAAACACGACGUUGAUCCCCGCCCACACGAGCCCAGCGAAGCAUUGACAAGCCGCAGAUUGUGACACGUUCUCCAAAAACGGACAUUCUUUUCGAUACCCACCCCGACCCUGAUUCUGGGAAGUGUUGUGUAUAUACAAAAUAAUUCAACUUAGUGCAAACAGAGACUCUAGCUUGUAAGGUGUGUGUAAAUAUCGCUCGUAAGGAGAUGAACAUUUGAAAACAGGACUUGCCUGCCGUCGAAAGAGAGUACCUGGAGGUGAAAUUUCGAUGGAUUUAGAAGUAUGAUGUUGAUCGUGAAGUGCACGGAAGAGAGAGACUUGAAGUGUGAGAGUGGUUUUGAUUCUGGGGGAAUUUCAUCUAGGUCGAGUGCUGCGCCGGAGAUUGCUGGAGAGCGGAGAAGGUCGCCGCCGCACCAGAAAACGAUCAACGCCUGAUCGAGGUAGCGUGCGCGCACCGCGUCGGAGUUUGUCCCAUUUUCCCAAAACUUCCAUCCGUAAUGCAGCGAAACUUCCCAUCCCGAAAAACAAUCCCGCCCAAGCAACUCUGAACGAUCCUUGCCCCCCACCCCUAAGCAAUCAAUCCCCUCCCACGACAAUUCCUCCUCGGCUGGAAUCCUGUGGCUGUGAAGCGAGUACGUUGGUGGCCGGAACGACGAAACCGGAAAGAAAUUUAGUUUUGUUUUUGAGUUUCGUUCUUUUUUAAUCGAAUCGUUGACCAUUCUUUUUUCUUGUGUUCAGUUAUCCUUUCUGAUUUAUUGGUUUCGUUGACUAGUGUGUUAAAUAAAGAGUUUCGGUGAAGCAAUCGAAAUGCACAAAAUUUCCGACGUAAUUUAAAACAAACAAAAUAUCCGCUAUUUUUAGAAUAAACCGCCCCUCCCCGUAGAUCCUGGAGCAAUCGUCACAGGUUAAAGGCAAAUAAAGGAUUUCCCCAAAUUUAAAA